AUGGUCAUGCCUUUUGGUCUGAAGAAUGCAGGGGCCACAUAUCAGAGAGCCAUGAACCUGAUCUUCCAUGACAUAUUGGGGAAGAUUUUGGAGGUUUAUAUUGAUGACGUGGUCGUGAAGUCAAAGAAGCGAGGGGACCAUAUCGUUGAUCUCAGAAAGGUUUUCGAACGCAUGCGGCUACACAAGCUCAAGAUGAAUCCCACUAAAUGUAUUUUCAGAGUUCAGGUAGGUGACUUUCUGGGGUUUGUAGUCCAUCAGAGAGGAAUCGAGGUUCCAGAAGAUAAGGAAAACGCCGUCAUCAACGCUUCUCCCCCGCGAACGAAGAAGGAGCUACAACAACUGUUGGGUAAAAUCCAGCCCUUUUCCCCGCUACUGAAGUUGCAGGGACAAAAUGAGUUUGUAUGGGAACUUCAACAUCAAGAGGCUUUUGAAAAGAUCAAGGCCUAUUUGGCAAGUCCGCCAGUACUAGUUCCACCCAGGGCUGGUUUUCCGUUAAAACUAUACAUCUCAGCCACGGAGGCUUCCAUUGGUAGCCUCCUUGCCCAGGAUGAUGAAGCUGGCGUCGAACAUGCUAUCUUUUACCUCAGUUGGACACUUACCGAUUGCGAAACAUGGUACACUCCAAUGGAAAAGCUGUGCCUCACUCUUUACUUCUCUGCAUGCAAGCUGCGGCAUUACAUAUUAUCCUUUAAUACUUGCAUCAUCGCUCAGACCGAUCUGAAAGCGGUGAAAGGACAAACCAUUGUAGACUUUCUGGCGCAUUACCCCAUGCUAGACGUUCCUGCGGUAAGAGACUUGGAAGUUGCGAGUGAAACUGUAGCGCGCUUGGAUCUGGCAUGCUUACCUGAGUACGCCAUGUUAUAUCAAGCCACAGUUUCACUCCAACCUUGGGUGUUAUAUUUUGAUGGCUCGAGAACGGAGAUACUGGCCGGAGCCAGGGUUGUCUUGGAAAAUCAAGCUGGCGAUUGUUUCUCUUAUUCCUUCCAGUUAGAGUUCCAGUGCACCAACAACCAGGCAGAAUAUGAGGCCCUUAUUAUUGGCUUAGAGUAUAUUCCUCGCGAGCGCAACUUUGCGGCCAAUGAACUCGCUCAGUUGGCUACUGGUGUUACUCUGAAAUAUGGGGUUCGCGAGCGAAUUCUCAAGGUUGAGCAACGCAAGCUGCCUUCGUGGCUUGCACGACCUGACCCACCAGAUGAGCCCACAGUGGCGGCUCUCGAUCCUAUUGAUGUGGAUUGGCGCAUCCCGUUAAUCACUUACCUCACGCAGCCAGAUCUCACUGUAGACAAGAAAACCCGUUUUCUGGCACUAAAUUACUUCCUCAGAGGUGAUGAGCUACGUCGACGAGGCGAAGAUGGCAUCAAUUUUAGGUUUGGCAUCCCAGAAGUUUUAGUAUCUGACAGGGGAGCAACGUUCAUGGGUGGUGACGUAGAGAAGCUCGUCAAUGAUUAUGGAAUCCAAUUUCUUCAUAGCACGCCCUAUUAUGCUCAUUCCAAUGGUCAAGCGGGGGCUAGUAACAAGAUUAUCAUUACUCUAUUGAAAAAGCUGCUUGUGGAGAACCCUCGCCAGUGGCACGAAACAUUGUAUGAGACAUUAUGGGCUUAUCGUACUUCUAAGCGGAACCCUACUGCCACCACCCCUUAA